AUGGCCUCGCCAAACUCGCGGAAUAACCCCCCGAGCUGGGACCGGUAUGAACGCGGGGGAGCCUCCCGCACCGGCAGCGUCUCCUCGUUCGGCAACAAGAGCUUCCAAUCCGAGAAUGAGGCGCUCCUGGGCCGCAGCGUCGAGUCUGCCCACGACGAUGGCGACUGGACGCAACAGCUCAGACGGAGGCGUCCCUCCAUCACCAACCGCCUCGCCGCCCUGACCGACAUCGGCGGCGUCAACAGCAUCCGCUCCUUCACCCGCAGCUGGACCCGCGCCGCCAGCUUCCCCGAAGUCAUCCCCCAGAGGCCCUCCUUCAUCUUCGCCCCGGACCAGGUCCCAAUAGCGGCCACUCCUGACUCGGGCGUUGUUUCCCCCUACGAGCCGGAGCAGCAGCACCGGCGCCGCGAACACGACGUCGAGGCCGGUCCGUCGCCCUCCCUAAUCCGCCAGCAGCUCGAGGCCGCCCUCCAGGCGGGCCGUGUUGACCAUGGCCAUCGCCCACAGCAGCAACAGCUCUCCUCCCGGACCGCAAGCCCCGAGCCCGCUGGCAGCACCAGCCCGCUCCUUCACCGCCAGUCAAGCCGCGACUCAAGGGACGGCGAGCUAGCGCCCAUCUUCCGUGUGGGUAGCCACGGAACGACCAUGUCCGGGGUGGGGUCCAUCUUCGCCAUCCCGCCGCACCUGGCCACGCCGCCCCUCGUGGGGAGCUACCGAUCCGGCGCCAGCGGCAUGCUGAUGGACUACGGCACCGUCCGUUCGGACGCGAGCAGCCUGAGCCGUGGGUAUAAGGCGGCGGAGGACGCGGGGCCCGCCGCCGCCGCCGCCGCGCUCUGGCGGGAGCAGCAGGAGGCCGGCGGGAACGUCCCCGACGGCGAGCUCCCCCCCAUCCUCGUCAAGGAGGUCGAGCAGGACGGCAAGAUUGUGCUUGCCGUCGAGGGGCAGUCGACCCUGCCUCAGACCGUCUUCAAUUCCACAAAUGUUCUGAUCGGGGUCGGUCUGCUCAGCCUGCCCAUGGGCUUCAAGUACGCUGGCUGGAUCUGCGGCAUGGCCACUCUGCUGCUCUGCGCCCUCGUGACCGCCUGGACCGCCCGGCUUCUGGCCAAGUGCAUGGACCUCGACCCGAGCCUCAUCACCUUCUCCGACAUCGCCUACAUCUCGUUUGGCCGCAACGCCCGCAUCGUCACCAGCUUCCUCUUCACCUUGGAGCUUAUCGCUGCCUCGGUCGCGCUCAUCGUCCUCUUUGCCGACUCGCUCGACCUGUUGUUCCCCGGUCUCCUCUCGGUAACGGGCUGGAAGAUGAUCUGCGGCCUCAUCUUGAUGCCCCUGAACUUCCUGCCCCUGCGGCUACUGAGUUUUACGAGCUUCAUCGGCAUCUUUUCCUGUUUUACUAUCGUGCUCAUCUUAAUCCUCGAUGGCUUGAUGAAACCCACCUCUCCGGGCUCCCUCAUCGAGCCGGCCAAGACCUAUCUAUUCCCGGCGAACUGGCUGACGCUGCCCCUUUCUUUCGGCCUGCUCAUGUCUCCAUGGGGCGGCCACGGCGUGUUUCCUAAUAUCUACCGAGACAUGCGCCACCCGUACAAAUACGCCCGAGCCGUCAAGACCACUUUUACAUUCACCUAUCUCCUUGACGCCACCACGGCCGUCACCGGCCUGCUCAUGUUCGGCGACUCCGUCCGCGACGAGAUCACGUCCAACAUCCUCCUCGAGUCCAGCUACCCUCGCGCCCUGACCGCGCUCAUGUGCCUGUGCAUCGGCAUAAUCCCGCUGACCAAGAUCCCGCUCAAUGCCCGCCCCAUCGUGUCGACGCUCGAGCUCCUGCUGGGCCUGAACCGGCAGACCGUCGCGGCCGAGUACGACUACCCCUACUCCCACGGGCUCGUCGGCCGCGGCAUGGGCUUCCGCGGCGUCAUGAAGGUCGCCGUCCGCGUCGCCGUGAUCCUCAUGUUCCUCGGCAUCGCGGUGCUAUUCCCCGCCUUCGACAGCAUCAUGGCGUUCAUGGGAAGCGCCUUGUGCUUUACAAUCUGUGUGACGCUGCCUAUCGCCUUCUAUCUCAAGCUCUUCGGCCACGAGAUCCCGAUCAGGGAAAAGAUGUUCGCCUGGGCCGUGAUGGUGAUAUCGUCCCUCCUGUCUGUCGUCGGCACCGUCUGGGCGUUCCUGCCCAAGAGCCUGAUCGGCGCCGAGCCUUCGACGCCCGAGCUGUGAUAUGGACUCCCGAGUCCUUGGUCAUGACAACGCGCAGCGCUUCGGCUCGAGGCGGGGUGAAGCGUGCUGUUGCCGCAUCUAGUGAAGAAGGCGUAGGGUCUGGGAUUUUGGAUGCAUACCCCCUCUUGAUUCUUGAUGACUGACCGGCCGGUUUGGGCUCGGUUCGCUUUUCUGUUGGCCGCGUGUUUGUGUAAUGGCCUCGACGACGUAAUGAUUUGGAAAGUGAUGAAGUUGGAGAUGUAGACAGACCAAGGGAUGGAGGAAGAUUUGGUGUCGUGUUUGACCACCUGGUGUUUAUGGAGCCACAUCUUCCGUU